CGGAUCCUCUCGCAGCGCCACCCGCAGGCCAGAGGAGCUCCAUUAAAACAGCAAAUCAACACUGAAGGACCAAGGUUCGAGGCAGUAGGAGAAGAGGGGCAGUAGCCGUCCACAGCUGCACUCAAUCAGACCCCUGAUUCCUCCCGGUGCGUCCAGUCCGGUGUCUCCAGUCCGGUGCGUCUCGCGGUGCGCAGCGUUCGGAUCCAAGAAGCUCUGCGGCCUGACGCGCUCAGUCUCUCCUGAAGUUUUUGCAUCUGGACUCGGUGACCUGCAGCAGCUCACGAUGAUCCCCAGAGUGGCUCAGAGCUUCCAGUCUCUGCGGAACAGCUGCGCUUUACCCGCAGCCGGGAAGCCGCUGUGGAGAGCGUGGACGCGGCAGGGAGGACUACCUGCAGCCAGCCGUGGCAUCCAUGUGGACUGUCCGCCCAUCAUCCCGACUCUCACCAGCAGCUAUGUCCACGGAACGUCGUCCACGCCGCUGCAGCAGGCCACAGUGGCAGAAACCCUGCUGAAGUCCGUGGAGUUCCAUCCCGACAAGGAGGCGAUGGUUUUUAAAGAGGACGGACUCCGCAAGACGUUUGCAGAGUUUUAUCAAGAUGUGGAUCGGGCUGCUGCCGGGCUGCUGGCUCUCGGGCUGAAGAAGGGGGACCGGCUCGGUAUGUGGGGUCCCAACACCUACGAAUGGGUUCUGUUCCAGUUUGCUACAGCCAAAGCUGGGAUUAUACUGGUGUCGGUGAAUCCAGCGUACCAGCUGCAGGAGGUUGAGUUUGCGUUGAAGAAGGUCGGAGUUAAAGCUAUAGUUUGCCCGACGCAGUUUAAGACUCAGAAAUACUGCGACAUGCUGAGGAAGAUCUGUCCUGAAAUAGAGAAGGCCAGUCCAGGAGACAUCAAGAGCACUAGACUCCCAGACCUUCGUUCCGUCAUCGUUCUGGACAGCCGACAGCCGGGAAUGUUCCACUUGGAGGACGUGAUGCAGGCUGGCAGCAGCCAGUAUGUGCAGCAGCUGCAGGAUCUGCAGAAGACGCUGCAGUUCGACGACCCCAUAAACAUCCAGUUCACCUCGGGCACAACUGGGACUCCGAAGGGCGCCACCUUAACGCAUCACAACAUCGUCAACAACGCCUACUUUGUUGGGAGAAGAAUGGGAUACCACUGGAGGCCCAACACCCGUGUCUGUGUCCCCGUCCCUCUGUACCACUGCUUCGGUUCGGUCGGUGCUGCCAUGAGUAUGGCCGUCCACGGGAUCGCCCUGGUCUUCCCCUCUGCCGGCUACGAUGGACGGGCAAACUUAGUGGCUCUGGACAGUGAAAGGUGCACCAUUAUCUACGGUACUCCCACCAUGUACGUCGACAUGCUCAACCAGCCAGACUUCGAUAAAUUCAACUUGUCGUCAGUGAUAUCGGGCUUCGUUGCUGGAUCUCCGGUUCCUCCAGAGCUGGCCAAGACCAUCGUCACUAAGAUGGGUGUCAAGGAGAUCACAAUUGGAUACGGAACCACAGAGAACAGUCCAGUGACCUUCUGUGGAUCUCCGAUGGACAACAUGGAGAGGAAGAGUGAGACGGUCGGCUACAUCAUGGAUCACGUAGAGGCUAAAGUUGUGAACCCGACCACCGGGCAGAUCGUCCCUCUGGGGAUGACCGGAGAACUCAUGAUCCGAGGAUACUGUGUGAUGCUGGAGUACUGGGCCGACGAGGCCAAAACUCAAGAAUGUGUCACCAAGAACGGCUGGUACAAGACCGGGGACAUCGGCAGCUUGGACGCCUACAGCUACUGUAAAAUCGAGGGCCGGAUUAAAGACAUGAUCAUCAGAGGAGGAGAAAACAUUUAUCCUGCAGAGAUCGAACAGUUUCUACACACACACCCCAAAGUCAAGGAGGCUCAGGUGGUCGGCGUUGAGGAUCCUCGUAUGGGGGAGGAGAUCUGCGCCUGCAUCCGGCUGGCUGAUGGAGUCCACUGUACGGUAGAGGAAAUCAGAGAUUACUGCAAAGGACAGAUCUCUCACUUCAAGAUUCCUCGCUACGUUCUGUUUGUGAGCAGCUACCCGCUCACCGUCACUGGAAAGAUCCAGAAACAUAAACUACGUGAGGUGGCUGAGAAGCAGCUGCAGCUGAAGAAAUGAAAAACUCCGUAUACGUAUGGAGAGAAUUUAGUUACUAGAUAUGAAUAUCUCAUAUAUAUGAAAAGUCCAGUCAGGAUUCACACAACCGAACAUCUGCAGACGUCACAAGAAGCAACGACGGAACAUUUUCUGCAGAUGUGUGAUGGUUUGGGAGGUUGUGUGUCUCCUCCUGUGACCAGCAGUUAAAGGGUUAACUGUCAACAAAUCACAUGAAAAGACCAAAUAAUGGUUCAGAUCCAACUUUACAUCGUCCUGCUGCUGUAAAUAGAACCUAAAACAACCCCAACAAACAGUGUUUACCUGCGUUAGGGGAAAAUCACAGUAACCAGACAUCAGAGGAAGCUAAUUUGGACUGUUAUAGCUUUUAAAAAUGAAAAAAUAAAAGAUUUUACACAAUCAGGGGGAGGCGAAAAAUAUUGAGAGGAAAAAACACAAAGUUAAGAGAAUAAAACUGACAUUUUCUGUGAUUAAAGUGAUUAGAAAACCUCCAAAUUUAAGAGAUAAAAAAUUCCCUAAAAUUAAUGUUUUAAAUUUGAGGGGGGAAAACUGAUAUUCUCUGAGAUUAAAAAUCAUAAUUUUGUACAUUUUGAUUAUGAUGUAACCCAAUUUAAAAGAAAUAAUGAUCAGAGAUUAAAACGAAAUAUUUACAAGAAAAAAAACUACAGAAGAAAAACUUGGAUAUUCUCAGAGAUUAUAAAGAGAUUAAGUUUCACAUUUGUGAAAAAUGAUCUUGGAUAUUCUGAAGUUAAAAUAGUACGAAAUUCUCUGUGAUUUAAGUGUUAAAAACACAAGUUUAAGAGAAAAAAAUCUUGGUAACUCAGUAAAUUUACAACAAAACUCAUAUUUUCGGACAGUACCUAAAAUUAGUCGCAAAUUUAGGAGAAAGUAUUAAAAUAGUUUUAUAAAAAUCCACGACAGACUUAAUACAUGUGAUAAUUACAAAUAUAUGACUUUAUGAUCUCUGAAUUUUUAACCUACGACGGCUCUGAUUCACUGUUUUGAGUCUUUUUUUUCUUUAAUAAAAUGAAAUAUUUACGUUUUUAAGAGAAAUCAGUUGGUUUUGGGAAGCUGGAGAAUAUUUCAGGACCGACCAAAGUAACGCUAAUUUUAGUCAGUUCUGUCAAGUCACAGCAAGGAUUUUCUAAUCUACUUUUAUGAUUUGCGUAAAAAAUUAAUCCUGCAAACAUCUUUUUUUAUGUAUCGGCAGAAAAAACACCUAAAAAAUGACUUUUAAAGAAGAGGAAACUGAGCCUUUUUAAAAUGAUAAUUUCUCUGAUGCUGAUUUUAGUCUUUUCAUGAGAUUUGUUCACUCUGCUGCUCUACUUUUUAUCCAGCAGAAAGCUUUAAAUAUAUGUUUUUUUAUAUCGACUUGAAAUAAACUCUUUUCCCUGUUCAAACCA